GGGAAAUUGUUUGUUAACGAUCGUGUGCUUCGCCCACGUGGAUUUCGCUUGAACGCGGUUACACUGAGUUUUAGACAUAUUCCAUGCAUAUAUGUUGUGAAUGUCGAGCCGUAAGUUACGUGCAUAUAAUAAUUGCGUUCCGGUUUGAGGUAAGUAGGUCAUUCUGAAUCGCCCGGUGUACCGGUGAGCGGUGUAAAGAGCCAGGGGAACCGUUUCCAUGCAGCAUGUUAAAAGCUAGGAACGACACUGCACUUGCAUAUGCCGUUCGAAUCGCAUAGCGCAGACGCGCAGAGUCAUUCCUAACUUGGGUUGUCGUGGCUUUCCCUUCCACUGUGAAGGUUAUGAAUGACGCAGCGCUAUUCGAUUCGAACCGAUUCGCACGCACACCCCUAAAAUAAUCUCCUAAAAUGAGAGCCAAUCAGCAAUGGAGCAUACACGGAAUACGAAACUAACCCACUGAUUGGCGCAACAGGUCACGUGGCCCUUUUCGGCGGCACUCCGCCAUCUUGGUUUAUAUUGGGCGAGGCAUCAGCGAGCACAUUGCGGGAGGCAGCACUUCAUCUAACGAAUUUCGCAGGGAGAGUUGGCAUCUUGCACGUCCGCACAACCUCCGAAAUGGCGUCGCGGAGCGUCCGCAAACAAGUCGUGACGACCACGACAACGUCGUCGUCCCACAACGUUUCGCAGCAAGACCGCGGGGACAGCCCGGCGAACCCGGCGUCGCCUCGGACACCUCGUUCGUCAGACACCAACGCCGGCGGGAGCCGGGAACGCUCGCACUCGCCGCUCUCGGCGUCCAGGGUGUCGAGAAUUCAGGAGAAGAACGAGCUUGCCCACCUCAACGACCGGCUGGCAGCGUACAUCGACCGCGUGCGUCACCUCGAGUCUGAGAACAGCAAGUUGACCAAGCAGAUAGAGACGAGCCAGGAGACCCGCACCCGGGAGGUCGCCAGCGUGAAAAACCUGUACGACCGCGAGCUCGCCGACGCGCGCCGUACCGUCGACCUGACCGCAAACGAGAAGGCCAAGCUGCAGCUCGACGCUAAGAAGUGGCAGGCAGAGGCUGAGACUCUGCAAGCCAAACUUGCCAAACGAGAACGAGAGUGGUCUGCAGCUGAGCGACGGGUCACAUCGCUUGAGUCUCAAAAUGUGGACCUCCAGGGACGCCUGAAUCAGGCCCUCGCACAACUCAAGGAUGCGGAGGCAGAGCGGGACGCGAUGGCGAAAGAGCUCGAGAAGCUCCGCAAAGAGCUGGAGGCGGAGACUCUGCGGAAUGUUGAGCUGCGGAACAGGGCCAAGACCCUCUCCGAGGACCUCGAUUUCCAGAAGUCCCUCUACGAAAAGGAGCUCCAGGAGGUGCGCGUGGUCAAGCAGACUGAGAUCACGGAGAUCGACGGGCGGCUCAAGGAGCGCUACGAGCAGCGCCUGGCGGACACGCUGAUAGAGCUGCGAGAACAGUACGAGUCUCAGAUGCAGCUGAACCGGGAGGAGAUGCAGGACAUCUAUGAGAACAAGAUGCGUGACCUGCAGAGCCUGCUUGAGCAGCGCUCCAGCGACAGCUCCACCAAGAUGGAAGAGAUGCGGGCAUACAAGUCGCGCCUCGAGGGGCUCAACUCCAAGAUCUCUGAGCUUGAGUCGCAGAACCUGUCCCUCACAGCCCGCGUGCGAGACCUGGAGCGUCUGCUGGACCAGGAGCGGGAGUGGCAUGGCCGGGCCCUGAUGGCCAAGGAGGAAGAGAUCUCCCGGUUGCGGGAGGAGAUCGAAGACCAGCUGCGGGAGUACCAGGACCUACUGGACAUCAAGGUGGCCCUGGACCUCGAGAUCGCCGCCUAUCGCAAGCUCCUGGAGGGCGAGGAGUCCCGGCUCCACAUCACGCCGAGCGCGUCCACCAGCGGGGCGGAAAUGUACACCAGUCCACUGCUCCGAGGCACCAAGCGCAAGCGGACUUUCCAGUCCCACCGGGAGGAGCAGUCGAACUCGGACGUCCAGGUGUCCGCAUCUGCCAAGGGGGACCUGGAGAUCUCGGACCACUGCCCAGACGGAAAAUACGUCAUUGUAAAGAACAAGGGCACAAAGGAGAUUCCCCUGGCCGGCUGGCGGAUCGACCGCAAGUCCGGCAACGACGAGUUCACCUUCCGAUUUCACCGGACUCAUGUCAUCCAACCGGGGACCACCAUCACGGUCUGGAGCUCGGACGCCGGUGCAACACACAGCCCUCCGUCGGACCUGGUCAUGCGCAACCAGCAGUGGCCCCACGGAGAACAGAUGCGCACAGCCUUGCUCAGCGCCGAUGGGGAGGAGGUGGCCUCUCGGGAAAACCGGCGGCGUCAGUUUACGCGCCUCUCCGAAAGGUCGUCCGGCGUGGGAGGAUAUUCGACGGGGCGUGAGCACCUCUUCCACGAGCACGAUCCCAAUGACCCCAACCGCUGCUCUGUGAUGUAAAGACAAGAAGAAAAAAAAAAAAAAGAAAAAACGAAGUCAUUUUAGAGUGGCGGAAACUUAGUGCCAUUUAUUUUAUUGGUUAUAUUCCUUGUCUUUUUCUGUACUUCCCUCUUGACCGAUAUUUUUCUGCCUGCAAUUUUUCAUCCUUUUUUGCUUAUUCGGACAUCAAAAUUUCAAGACAUCGGCGUUGUCCCAAACCUAUUUUGCUGCCGCAUUUUUUGCCGGCAUAUUUUUUUCGUCAUCUUCGUCUUUGCAUUUAUCAUAGGCAGAAAUAAAAAAAAAAAUGGCUUAACAUGUCACCACAUCACCUGUCCAAAGCAUUUUUUGUAACUUGUUAACUUAGUCUUCUAACCCCUUUGUGUGUGUGCUUUUGUUGCUGUCAAUUCAUGACAUAUGUAAUCUAAAUCCUGUUACAUUAAAGUGCCUGUCUUGUUCGUAGUGUAGUGCUUGUUCGUUUAGUUUUGUGGACAGGGGAACCAUGAUUACUUGCAGCAAACCUUGCGUGGUGUUUGGAAUGGUUUUUCCAAACUUUUUUUUUCUGUGUUUGAGAUCAAACCUUCAGUUUUUAAGCCUUUAUCGCUUUAGAAAAAGGGUGUAGUUGCAACAUCACUGUAGUAGGUUUCGGGAGGACAUCAUUCUGCAGCCCUGGCAGCAGUUUCUGAAGCUCUGGUUUCGAUAAGAAUUGUUGGCCUGUUUUUUUUUAGGCAAGCCGACCCCGGUGUGUUGCAAUUGUAAGCGCAGGUCGUACCAAGAUCAACAUAAGUACCUUGUGAACCAUAUUUCUUAGUUUGCCAACUGUACCUGUGAAGUGCUUUUUACCAGAAAAGCAGGUGUAUUUUUAUGUGUGCGACGGGGUUUAUCUGUUCUACGGUACACGCGACUUUGUCCUGAAGUUUAUUCGAAUGCUGACUUUUUUUCCACAAUUUUGUUUGGACUUAUUGUGUGCUACAUCGGAGUACCAUAUUUAUGCUUGGUUUUUAAACUGCCCAGAUGAAAUUGCUGCAUUUGGACAGUUUAGUGGUUGCACUGGUUGUUGAAUGAUGUAUGCUAAUCAAAAACGUUGCAAGCAAGGCUAAUCUGUUGUUUGGGGUUAGUCUUUAGAUUUUCUUUGUCAAGAGAAUAUGGAUCUUGUCAAUCAUUUCCCUCCACUCGCGAUUUUAGCAGUUGCAGUGUUCUCAGGUGUGCACACUUGUAUGCAGUCGUUGAUGUUAAUAAUUGCCAAGGUAAUUGCACUGCUAACACAAAUACCAUUUCACCUCCUCCGCGAUCAUGGCAGUGAGUUUAGGUCCUAACUAUUUUUUUGUCAGUUUCUGGUUACACUCUGUGUGAACUGCUCGAUGUUCUGCCCGCUAGAUUUUUCUACAAGCUUCUUAAUACAACGUAACUGUCGAAGUCCUUCAACAGAACCCUUUUUCGACUGUUGGACAUAGAGCCCCGUUUAGUUUCUCUGUUUGAAAUGGAAUGUGCAGAGUUUUUUCGCUCCUUUCCAUCUUGGGGUGGACCACAGCAGGUGCUACGAGCCAUCGGAGCAAAUCCAGUGCUGGAUUGGCUGGGAUUUCUCGUAGCAUGCACUGCAAUCCAUGACAAGAGAAACAAGGUGUCGAGUAAGAGCUCAUCACUUGUAUUGGGUUUGUCUUUAGUUGUGUAGCCUCUGCAAGCGCUUCUUUCCUUUGUCUUGGAUCCCAGUGGAAGUGUUCGCUACUUCCAAACUCAUUUGUGUCAAAAUGUGUUUCUUGUAUUUUUCGUAUUUUUUUUUGUGGGUAGCGUUUCUUUUAAUGGAAAGCUAAACCUAUGGUGCCAGUUUUCACUGCCAUGCCUCACCUUAGCAUGCACUUGAGUCUUAUUUAACCGUGCAUGGACCCGCUACAUCGCGUUGCUUAUAUUAUCAGAGUUUCCCAGAGUAUCAAAUAUUUUUAGUCUCACAAGAUGUGUUUGCGCUCCUAAAAAAAAAAAGUGCCUAGCCUUCACGUGUCCCCGUCCGACGUUGACCUCGCUUUUGUUCAAAGUGUUACUUUUUCGGGGCACCUCUUUCAAAAGUAUCAUGCUGGUAUGUGACCCUUGCAAAUUAUUCGGCGGUCUCGAUCAGCCGCCCUUCAUUUUUACUGUACAGAUUCGCAAUUAAAAGUUUGUUCAUUCGUA